UCGCGCGGCCGAUUUUUGGUUAAAAUAUUCAAAAUGGCGGACGGAGGAGCAGCGAGUCAAGAUGAGAGUUCGGCGGCGGCGGUGGCGGCGGCGGCAGACUCAAGAAUGAACAAUCCGUCAGAAACCAGUAAACCAUCGAUGGAGAGUGGGGACGGGAACACAGGCACGCAAACAAAUGGCCUGGACUUUCAAAAGCAGCCUGUGCCUGUCGGAGGAGCAAUCUCUACAGCCCAGGCCCAGGCCUUCCUUGGGCACCUUCAUCAGGUCCAGCUCGCUGGAACAAGUUUACAGGCUGCUGCUCAGUCCUUAAAUGUACAGUCUAAAUCUAAUGAAGAAUCUGGGGACUCUCAGCAGCCAAGCCAGCCUUCCCAGCAGCCUUCAGUGCAGGCGGCCAUACCCCAGACCCAGCUCAUGCUGGCCGGAGGACAGAUCACCGGGGUAAGAGUUACCCAGGGAUGCUGCAGUCCCACACAGCUCACGUUGACGCCAGCCCAGCAACAGUUAUUGCUCCAACAGGCGCAGGCCCAGUUGCUGGCGGCUGCAGUGCAGCACUCAGCCAGUCAGCAGCACAGCGCUGCUGGUGCCACCAUCUCGGCCUCUGCUGCAACGCCGAUGACGCAGAUCCCUCUAUCUCAGCCAAUACAGAUUGCACAGGAUUUGCAGCACUUGCAGCAGCUUCAGCAGCAGAAUCUCAACCUGCAACAGUUUGUGUUGGUGCAUCCAACAACCAACUUGCAGCCAGCACAGUUCAUCAUCUCACAAACGCCGCAGGGGCAGCAGGGUCUCCUGCAAGCGCAGAAUCUCUUAACGCAACUACCUCAGCAAAGCCAAGCCAACCUCCUGCAGUCUCAGCCAAGCAUCACCCUUGCCUCGCAGCCAGCAACCCCAACACGCACAAUAGCAGCGACCCCCAUUCAGCCACUUCCACAGAGCCAGUCAACACCAAAGCGAAUCGACACUCCCAGCUUGGAGGAGCCCAGUGACCUUGAGGAGCUUGAGCAGUUUGCCAAGACUUUCAAACAAAGACGGAUCAAACUUGGAUUCACUCAGGGUGAUGUUGGGCUCGCUAUGGGCAAACUCUAUGGAAAUGACUUCAGCCAAACUACCAUCUCUCGCUUUGAAGCCUUGAACCUCAGCUUUAAGAACAUGUGCAAGUUAAAGCCACUUCUGGAAAAGUGGCUCAAUGAUGCAGAAAACCUCUCAUCUGAUUCAACUCUCUCCAGCCCAAGUGCCCUGAAUUCUCCAGGGCAAGGGAUCGAAGGCUUGAACCGUAGGAGGAAGAAACGCACCAGCAUAGAGACCAACAUACGUGUGGCCUUAGAGAAGAGUUUCCUGGAGAACCAAAAGCCUACCUCGGAUGAGAUCGCCAUGAUAGCUGACCAGCUAAACAUGGAGAAGGAGGUGAUCCGCGUUUGGUUCUGUAACCGGCGCCAGAAGGAGAAAAGGAUCAACCCACCCAGCAGUGGUGGAACCAGCAGCUCGCCCAUCAAAGCAAUUUUCCCUUGUCCAACCUCACUGGUGGCAACCACGCCAAGCCUUGUGACUAGCAGUGCAGCUACAACCCUGACUGUCAACCCCGUGCUCCCUCUGGCCAGUCCUGCUGUCACCAGUCUGUCAGUCACAGGCACAACAGAAACCACCUCCAACAACACGGCAACAGUGAUUUCAACAGCACCUCCAUCUUCUUCAGCAGUGACAUCACCCUCCCCAAGCCCUUCCCCUUCUGCCUCAGCCUCCACUUCAGAGGCCUCCAGUGCCAGUGAGACCAGCACAACACAGACAACCUCCACCCCCUUGUCCUCCCCUCUCGGGACCAGCCAGGUGAUGGUAACGGCAUCAGGGUUGCAAACGGCGGCAGCGGCCGCGUUACAAGGAGCUGCACAGUUGCCUGCAAAUGCAAGUCUUGCUGCCAUGGCUGCUGCAGCAGGACUAAACCCAGGCUUGAUGGCAUCCUCGCAGUUUGCAGCUGGAGGUGCCUUACUCAGUCUCAAUCCAGGGACAUUAGGUGGUGCUCUCAGCCCGGCCCUGAUGAGCAACAGUACACUGGCAACUAUUCAAGGAUCGCUUCAUGGAUCGGAGAACUUUCUAACCAAAAAUGUAAAAAAAAAAAAAAAAAACCACAAAAAAACUAAAAACCGCAAAAACACAAAAAAAGUGAAAGGACUACUUAUCAUUUCCAGCAGUCACAAUGACAAGUUAAGGUGGGUUAUCAGUUCAAACAUAGGAAGGGGAUUUCUUGGUUAUUUUGGUCUAAAUAUCUUUCUUUUUUAAUUAUCAUUUUAUAGGUCUGUUGUACAGGCCAUUAUGUCAUACAAGGUGUUUAUAAUCGUAUCAAUCAUGUUGGGGGUUCCUUUCUUAACUGGUACAAUUUAGGCAGGCCUGUAUUACUGGUGUAUCUCUAUUAUUAUUAUUAUGAUUAUUAUUAUUAUUAUUUUUAUAUAUAUCGUUUGGACGCGUUUGUCUUUUGCUCCUGGAUUAUUUUCAGCGAGCUCCCACACCAUGGGGGGAGGGUGGGGGGGUGGAGAGGAAGAAUGGAGCACAAAUAGACUUUCUAUCCUAAUCUUCUGGAAAUGUUCUAAACAGUUUCCUCAUCCUUGAAUUUGUCUAAUGCCUACUGGUAGGGGUCAGAAGAAUUUACGUUCAUCAUUUGUGCAGGAAGCUCAGUGCAGCAGCAGAGAUCAUUGUGUGCAAACUUCCACGCUGGUCUCUGCUAUGUAAGCAGGGGUAGGAAUUUGCUCCAAACUGCCAUUCUUCUCCUCUCAUAUAUUUAGACAAAACAGCCAAAUUCUGCUCUUAGCUUCGUGUGCUUGGUUCCUUUUACGUCAGAGAGCAGGAUGUGACCUCCCGAGUGUGGAUUGUGUGACAAUACUGAUGGCUCUUCUGUUCCAUAAAUUUCAUUUUGCUGUGCAAAAGCACACACAAAUAUUUGAAAAACAUCAUGACCCAGGCUAAUUGGCAGCAUGUAAAGCAGCAUCUAGAGUCUUAGAUACCUUCUAGAUGAGUUGGUGCCGGAUUUCAGAAGGUCACAUUCUCCCCAUUCAUAGCAAUAUUCCUUUUCUGAUGCUUCCAACACUAUUUAGAAGAGCUUCCUAGUAAAACAAAAAGUGCUUCUGGCUGCAAAAGACAGGAGCCAGGACUAUGGGAACAGAAGGUGCCAUUGUUAAUGCCAACACAACGGAGCCACUCUGGGGGCUUUGCACACCCCAGGCAGAUCUCGCGUGGUCUCUGAGCUGUGGGGUGAGCGCGGCAGUCGGCGCCUCUGGCCUGCGCCCGGGGCUGGCCUGGCGCUGCAGCUCACUUUUUAAGGGUGAUUCUGAUCUGUGGAGCAAAGGAUAUUUUUGUGGAUGACGAAGGAGUAAUGAACUGUACAGAAGUUAGGUCCGUAUAUUCUUAACUACUCAAUUCAGUAUCUGAACCAAAAAAGAGAAAAGAUAUUUUAAAGAGAGAAGACUGGAUCACUGCAUUGCAGUUCACGUUAAACUUUCCAUUCCUGAUGGAUUUAAAGGUUUCUGCCAUGUGUAUAAAACUAAAUUACUUUUAGCUAAUGAGGGUAUUAGAAGAGUCCCUUUCCCACCCACCCCCUUUUCUUUUGUCACCAGAGUGUCCUAAAAUAAUGAGCUGAUGCGGCUAUGUUCGUUUUGUUGAUGAUUCAGGGGGAUCCUGGAGCUUCUCAUCCAAGAUCCAGAAGGCAGCAACUUUAAACUCUACACAUGCUUUUGGUCUGUGGCCUGAGCAUGUGGGAGUUGUGUUUGCACUCAAGUGGCAGAACCCCUUAUCUCUCCCCCCACCACCAUGGUUUUGCUCUGUUCAUCUCUAACUCUCCACCUUCCUGUUUUACUGAUAUUUAAACCAAUUACCCCUAAAACUUCAAAACUAGUGAACUGCAAGCAGGGAAACUAACAAAUGUCCGUCCACCGUUUCUUAUGUGUUUUUGAUUUUUUUAUGUUUUAUUUUUUUAAAACUAAGCUUGAACCAAAGUCAAUUUCUAGCAAGCUGCUGUACUAAUGGACUAGUUUGUGUAAGUGCAGUUCAGAUGCAGAGAGGCGAUAGAUGCUACUGACAAUUUCUUUUUCAUUUGUCUUUUGUUUUUAUUAAUUUUAUAUAAAAGUUGCUGCUUGUUUUUAAUCUUUUUUUUUUUUUGGUUGGUAAUUUGUGUUAUCCUUGGGGCAGACUCUUAACUUGAUUUUAAUUUGUUUUCUUUUAUUUGAUGUGUAAAUAGAAUGGCAAUGUCAGAGGAUUGUUAUCCAAGAGGUCCCACCUUUAUUCCCCCCAGUAUGGAUGAAUCUCUGUAUUUUUGAUAUGUCUCUACGUCUUCAGGCUGUGCAGGAGACUUUUAGGGCUAUGAAUAAUACUGCAAAAGUGGCAAUGGCCCACAGUAAAAGCUUCAGAGCAGCAACAGGUACAGCUGAGUGAGCUUCAGGGAGGUAGGGAAAAAGUAGAAGAGAAGAUGCUGGUACCCACUGUGCUGGUCUGGAGGCCACAGCACGGUCUAUAAUUUCUACCAAAGGAAUGCAAGUCCUUGGACUUGUUUUGAGUGAAGUAAGAGGAUGGGGAAAACCGCAGCUGUAGCGUUUGUUCCUGACUCUGAAAGUCCCUGCUUACUUUCACGCCUGUGCAAAAGUACAAUUUAUCAGGAAGCUUUUUUAGUUAGAGGGGGAGACCACCGGGCUCGUCUCCGAUGGAUCCCCUCCUCCCAAGGGUUUUGUGGUGGGGUGGGGGGCGUGGUCCUUGCAGAUAUCUAGGAAACACAAAGAAAGGUGGGCCUUAAAUCAGUGGAAAAUCCUCUCUCCACAGUUCCAGGAGACUGUGCCAUUAGCUGUCUGAAUGAGUUUUCAUGUCCCAUUCUUGCUGGUUUGUGGUUGGGAGAGGGUCUUGUUGAGUACAUAUCUGGAACACUAAUGCAGCUUGGAUGGUUUAUUUAUUAUAAAAAUCUGCUUUUUUUCCUGACUACCUUUGCAUUGGUCACAUGGCUUUGGUGUGAGCACCUUAUACCCCUUUCUUUACCCUCCUCUUCUCUACCCCAUCACCCUAUCUGGGGCCCAGAUUCCAGGGAAUUUCUUAGCGAGUUUUUUUUCUGAGAGAAGCUGGAAACUCAGAGUAGCCACAUAUCCAAAAAAGCUUGGUUUUGUUUGCAGAAACUGACAUAAUACCCGAACAGCACAUAUCCCAUGGCAUCCAUUGACAGUGUGCUCCAAUUCAUUGUCCCCUAAAACAUCCCUGUGGCCCCCCCUAAAACUGGCUGUUGUUCCUGGAGCCUACCUUUCAUCCCUAUCAGUGUUUUUCCUCAUUGAUGCUGGCUACCUCCAGUGCUUAGUGAAAGACAGAAAUCAGACUGGCAGUGGGUGUAUAUCUGCCAAGUUAGAGUGCAUGUGCUCCUUGAGAGAAUGAAAAGAAUACGAGAUCAUGUACCAGAAUUUAGCAGAAGUUUCUUUUUUAAAUCAUUGUCGUGCUGGCAGCAGAAAUUUAUGCAUCUGAAAAGAAACAAUAACAAUUGUGUACAGACCCAGUAAAUAUGAUCACAGGAAGUUUGGUGGUGUGUUGGAAAAGGAUAAUACCAUCUCUUUUUCAGAGUUCCAUGUCUCUGUAUUUAAAGGUGAGGGGGUUGCUUUUCAUAGUUGCAAGCAUGUCACAGUACCCAGGCAAGAAAAGAUAAGGUGAAAAGCUCUCCCUGCAGACAGGGAUAGUUCAAAAAGCAAGAGAUUUCCAGGAAAACAAACACAGAUAUGCCCGGAAGGUCAAAAAUCGUUUAGAGAAUGGCUUCAGGAGUUGGUGUUGUAGCUUGGUGAUGACAUUUUUUUCUGACCUUAAGAAAAACAUGUUUUGCUCCAGCACACUUUGGCUUUAGCACACUUGGUCUCCUUAGAACCCAGUCUCCACAGUCACCAUGGAAGGAUUCGCGAACAGCCCAAAGAAAGUACACACAGAUGUGGCUGCUUACAAUUGUUACAUCUGCUUAGAUUUCCUACAGAGCAUUUAUUUUGUUUCUGACUUGCUGUACAACACCUGUUAGUUGAAGUAUGUUUUUAUCAAUGACUGUGAGGUGGUGUGGAUGUGACAUCUCUUAGAACUGUGACCUAAUGUUCCAGUGCCACCUCUGUAAGCCUCACAUGGGGUGCUCUGACACAUUUCUGCAGUUAAGUUAGUGAAGGACACAUGAGAGUUAAUUCCUUAACUCUGCACAUUCCUGCAAAGCAGCGUUCCUUAAAGUGGAAAUUUCCUCUUUUUUUGUUGUUGUUGCAAAUGGAGCAGCACAACCAUUACAGCUGGAGCCAUACCACAGAUACUAAACCAAAGCAACAUCUAAUUUACCUUAAAUAUUAAUUCAUAUUUUCUUAGAUAAAGAAAUUUAUAAAGAUACAAAAUUAUCUUAAAGAGACAGGUGGCUUCUCAUGGUCAUUAGAGUGUUUUAAGGUGGAUAAAAUAAUGCAUGGUUCAAACUUUCAAUGAUACUUGGUUUUAAACUGGAAGUUUAAAAUGUAGAUGUUUUUAUUGUCACAUUAACUUUACAAAGAGUCACUAUUCCCUAUUCCUGUUCUGUCUGAAAUGAUUUAAUGCUGUUUUUCCACACCCUGUACCCCAGCAGGACCUGUCUGUCCCUGUUGGAUGUUGCCUAGGGUGGAUUAUUACCAAAGGAAUAAGCUGGCCUGCUGCUCCCCACUGCAUUUAUGGUUGUCAGUUCUCACACAGCCAACUCAAAUCCCUUUCUAUUUUUGCAAGCAGGACAUCUGCCCUCUCCUUCCCAAAGUACUAUAGCAAUAUAGAAUUCAAGAUACCUACCUUGCACAAGUUCUGCCCUUCUCACCCAUUAAAUCUUUUGUUGCUGCUUUUGAGUUUCUCUCUUCUUUCCAGAGGGGAGUCCCCUAAAAUAUUAUAAAGUAAUUUGACAGGGAAGAUUUUGUCAAAAAGCUGUUGGUUCACAAUUCACAGUUUCUUAAGAUGCUCGUAUCUUUGUCUCCACAUUGUGAGUGGUACCUGGUUCCCUCUGUGUCAGUGCAAGGAGUUUCAGUGCUUUUGGAACCAUGAAAAGCAAUUCCUCUAUUUGCAUAUCUUCACACAUGGACACAGUAAUGCACAAAAAAACCCCUUGAUUUUUUUCAACUUAUCUAUCUGCAUUUGAUCUGUCUGCCACUUCUCCCAGGAUACUCCAAGUGCGGACAUGCUCUGAAUUUUUACCCCUGUUGGGAUGCUGUUAGGAGGGCGUUCGGGAGAUUGCACUGAAAUGACAAAUAUUUUAACUGUGGGAGAAGAGACAUCUUUUACUCACGUAGACAAAUAAGGUCAGCAUGUAGAACGUAUCAGGUACUUCUUUUCUGACCAAAUUCCUGAACAUGAAGCAGCUACUGAGCUUUGUCUCAGGGCUGCUUUUAGGUCCGUCAGUGAUGCCCUGCUAAGAACCGUCCAUAACUGGAAUAAUCUGGGCCCCCUUUCUCCCUCCCUGUCUCCGUCCCUCUGCCUCUUUCCCUUCUUGCUCCUUCCCCCUCUUCCCUCAGUGAAAGGUAGCACCAUACAGCUCUGAGAACAAUACUUGUGGGUAGCAGCUGGCUUCUGGCACCUUCAUAAAAUACCUCAGCAUAGCUUAGCAUUGUCGCAGAACUGGUUUUAAACUGAAAAAAUCAGAAGAGAAAAGCAAACUUUAUAAAUAGUGGAGAUAAUUCUAGCUGUAGAGUUUAGUUGAACUGAUGGUUUAUUAUGAUUGAUAAACAUGAUUAUGCUGUAUGUAUUUGAGAUCCUGUUUAUAGGUUACAACUUUAUAGGGUCGGGUGGGGGUGGGUGGAU